AUGGUGGGUAGACCUCCAAAGAAUCAACUAAAAAAGUCUUCUCAGGGUGACCUUUCUCCUUCCGUAUAUGACAAAUACACGGAUUUAAAACGUAAAUAUAAGGAAUUAAAAAAGCAAUUAGCAAAGUCUUCAAUUGAAUCUAAGCAUGUGCGAGUAUCCAAGCCUACUACCAAAUAUAAUAGUUCUAUUACCCCUAAAAUUACUUCCUCAACUAUCACUAAUACAAAACACCGGUCCCUUGUAAGAAAUAUUGUGAAUGAUAUUCCAAUCAAGUCGAAAGUUUCGGCUCCGAAACGUGGUCAAGGUCGUGCUCCCGCUGCCCCAAGAAAUAUGAAAGCGUAUCUUGUUCCUAAAGAUGAAAAUGGAAAUUUUAUUCUUCCUGUUGAAGUUGGUCUUCACACUGUAAUCAAACUUGGAAAAAUCGUUUACGAUCGUGAUUCGUUUCAUAACGAUCGAUAUAUUUAUCCUGUUGGUUAUGCUGUUAAAAGGUUGUGGUGA